AUGAAGCCGCUCACGGGUGUCGCGCGCGGUGUGCUGAAGCGCAAGAUGGAGCUCGCCAAGGAGGAUAAUACCAGCAAGAAACAGCGCGUGAAGGAGGCGACGGUAACGGCAAUGGAGGUGAUGAAUCGUCUGCUGGCACCGGACGGAGACGCGGGCCACGACGUGUCGGACGCCGAGUGGGAGCGCCUCGUGCAGCUCACGCAGGAGCACGAGUACUUUGACAAGUUCUUUACGUUUCCGGAGGAUGCAUCUGAUUGGGUGAAGCCUAAAAAGAAGAAGAAGAGGAAGCACUUGAAGGUCGUGGCUCUGGAUUGCGAGAUGUGUGUGACGGUAAAAAAGGGAGCCCGUGAACGCACGUCCAACGCUCUUUGUCGAGUAUCGGCAGUGGACGGAGAGGACAUUUUAGGUGGCAUUGUCUCGGACUUUAUUGUGCACCAGCCGGAAGACGGAUUUCACAUGGUGGACCCUAAGACGAAUAUCCACGGAAUUACAGCCAAUCAGAUUGCCAGCAGUUCCAUUACGACCAAACAAGCGCAGAAGAAAAUGCUCAAGUACAUCAAUCAGGAUACGAUUGUAGUGGGGCAUUCCGUGCACAACGAUCUGGUGAGUUUGCGGAUCAAUCAUCGACGCGUCAUUGACACAUCGAUGAUUUUCCAACGAAAGGUUGGAAAUCCAUCACAAGCGACACCUGGACUAAAGGAUCUAACAAAGUUCUUGCUCGGCUUCGACAUGCCGCAAGGACAUGAUAGUACCGUUGAUGCUCAGGCUUCAAUGAUGGCAGCCAAGUUUGCUGUCCGGCACGAAACUGGCUGUAUUAUUCCCUCCGCGUUGGAGCUACACGGACAUGGUGCUAAACAGCAACUCAAGGUGACACCGGUGACGACGGAGUACACGGGUCCUGUUAUGCUUAUUGAGACGGCAUUCCAGUCGAGCAAGCCGAUUAGCAAGUCAGUAAAGCGCACAGUAUCGAAAGGUCCUGUGAACAAAGCGUCCUACAUUGAUAUGGCCGCCAUCACGAAAGAAGUGUCUAUGCAAGCACGCACUGCGACGAGAAUGUCUGAAGCAAUGAUUGCACGAUCGUGUCGGUUACGUGUGCACCGAAUUCCAAAGGGCUUGUCGAGCAAAGACAUUGAAAAGUUUUUUCUAGAAACCACCAUGGUCGUUCCUACCGCGGUAGAGAAAAUUGCAUGGCUGCCGGAUCAAAACCGUGGCUCGUGCAAUGUGACCUUCCCGAGCAACGCCCAUGCAGCUCUGGCAUUUGAGAGCGCUACGGGACCGGAUGACAAGACUAAAGUGACGAACGAUUCGAUUGGACGCCCUCAGAAAACGAUCGCCGUUACGAGUUUUAUGGGAAAGACAUACAAGAACGUUGCACUCGGCACAUUUUAG